AUGGUCACUACGAGCCCAUCCUGUUUGUCUCAGGAGGAGAUCCUGAAGCUGAGUUACAACCGUGUGGAGGAGCUGUGGUCGGAGCAGACCUUCGCUGGCCUGUCCUCUCUGCUGCGCCUGUAUCUGGAUCAUAACCUGCUGCGCUGGAUCCACCCGCGAGCCCUGCUCCUGAUGCCCCGCCUGAGACUGCUCCGUCUGCAGGGGAACCGGCUCCUGCAGCUGCACCCCGAGGCCCUCUGCACACUCUCCCUGCUGGACACACACUUCUACUCCACACUCAGACACUUGGACCUGUCCAACAACAGUUUGUCUCGAGUCCCCAGAGAGCUCCUGGAGACAGCGCCCCUACUGGAGACACUGAUACUGCACUCCAACCCCUGGAGCUGUGACUGCAGCAUGAGCUGGCUGCUGCCCUGGGCUGUGUCCCACCCAGGCGUCAUGAAUUGCCCUGGAAGUCCGCAGUGUCCAGUUUGUGCCUCGCCUCGCUCCCUCCAGGACCAGGCCCUUCUUGAGCAGCUCAGCCUGGACUGCCCUCCUCCUGUGAUCCACUCCCCUGGACAGCCUACUCCUCUGGACCUCCCCGACAUUCUUCCACGGCAAUCAUUCCGCGAAUCACUGGGCACUUUAUCUCUCUCACUGUCCGACCAGCAGGGCUUUAGCGUGGACGUUGCCUGUAACAUCUUUCACACAGAAACCAAUCCAAAUAUACCAUCAGAGCUCGCGAACUUCCAAUCUUUCCCUCUUCAUCUCGCUUUGUCUUGGUCCUUGGAGUGCCACGCUGAGCAGCAGGACUACGAAAAGCUUUGGAGAAUCAUGGCGUACUACAGCGAAUCGCCCGCGCAACUCGAGAGAGGGCUCAUGCUGAGUAAAACCCCGAUGGUGGCGUACCGCUACAAGCAAGCCCCGGAGUCAGAGAAUGGCUAUCACACAGGGGUCAAAGCUUCCAUCGCAACCUCUCUACCCUGGCUACUACAAUCAGCUAUUAGCAUUCAGCUAGGCCGCGCCAAGUCGAGCAGAAAGGCAGUUCAUUUGGUGUUGUCCACCAGAGUGUCUGCACAAUGCCGUAAACUCAGAAAUGCAAUUGACGACGACAGCUUAUCCAAGGGUUUCAACUCCUCCCAGUUCAACAUCGUCAACCAAAACUCACUCUACCUCACUUCCCAGUUUGCACUUCGGAACGCAUUCAACAUUCCAGAUAACUUCAAGCAAACCCGCUUAUAG